AAACGGGUCCCCCUUUCAUAUUUAUAACUUCUACUUAUAUUCGACUGUCUUAAAAAUCAGUUGGUAAAUAACUUAGGAAGGUUAUUGGUUAUUGUGCUUCGUUGAGUGUGUCCAUGACCGAAAGAUUUUGAAGCUUAUUUGACGACAUGGCAGGAGAUUCAACUAUGCACAUUCGAAACCUCAGGGAGAUUUUUGCAAUGCAGAGGUCCUGCGAAAAUGAUGAAAAUAUAUUUUGUACAUCAGAUACAAUUCAAGAGUCCUUGGCUACAUUGUCGGAGGAAUUAGACGUUCUUGGUUUAACUCAUGUAUCAAUGAAUUAUCAAGGACUCCAACCUUUAGAAUCAGUGACUUCUGCAUUUAUCAAUUUGAUCAAUGUAUCCUGGAAUUUGGUUCAAAAACACAGAAUGCUACAGAGGGUUCAUGAUAAAAUGAAUGAUGUUCACCACAAAACAACAAACGAUAACAAUAAUUUAAUAAAUCAUGUGAAACGAUUGAAAGAAGAUUUGGAAAAGAAAGAACAUUCUCUGAGUGAAGUUCAAGAAAGAGAAAGAAGACUCAAAGUGAAAUGCGAGAAUUUGACUCGUGAUCUCAAACGUGAAAGAGAUGAGGUUCUUAAGUUGAAAAAACAAUCACAAUCCAAAGACAGUCAACAUGCACAUGAACUGAGACGGAUUCAACAAAGUGGACACAAACUGAAGGAGCAGUUACAGAAAUCUAUUGGAACGUAUGUACCUAGGGACAGAGCUUUGCGAAACCUGCAAGCUGAACAUGAAAAGCAGAUCUUAAUACAUCAGGAUACAAUUUGCCAUUUGGAAAAAAACAACCUGCUGAUGCUGCAGGAAAUUGCGAACCUUAAAGACACAUUGGAACUCCAGUCACACCAAUCGCACGAAACCAUUUGGUUGCAGCCAUCUUUAUUUCGCAUUGCCCACUGACGUAUGACUGAGCACACUGAGGCGCAGAUAUAAUUUCCCAGACUGAGUAGGACUUCCUAUUAUAUCAGCCGGCUAUUUUUCACUUUAGGAACUUACACAAAUUCUUUCGAAUCGAAUUCAAGAUAUUCGAAACUUUUCUACAAUUCGCUGUGGCCUGAAUUUUGCUUCUUACCUAAAUUUCGUAUUGUAAAUACAGAACUUUUUUCCUAGACUAUUAUCGAGAAUUCCAAGACUCGUUUGUAUUUGGUAUUGAGAAUUUUGAAAUCUUUUCCUAAAAGACAUUCCAGAUCUCCAACCUUUUGGUACCCGUCCAAGAUUCCUGGAUUAAUUCUACACUUUUUUAGAUCAUACUUUUGUCUUAUGAUAUCAUUAUUCCUACCCUCGUUUAUACGCCUGGCUAACUCUUCGUCGAUGAUUCCGUCAAUAGGAAAUAAACUUCCAAGACAAAUAUAUUUAACAACUUGUUCUUCCUCUCGUCGUUAGAAAAACUACUACAGAUUUCUCAUUAAAUUGUUAGCUAAAGGAGAAUGUAGAUUUAAAAACGCAUGACACGUUCUUUAAAAAAAGUUACUUCUAUUACUUCACCCGCAUAUCAAUUUAUUUGAGUUUACUCUGUAUGAGGUC